UCUCUCCGCCGGUCCGGUUCUGUUAGUAGGUCGACCUCAGCCCAGCAUUUAUUUAAGUAGUCCUCCUUCAUCACUCCCUAACAUAAACCAUGAGGGAAAUUGUUCAUAUUCAGGCUGGCCAGUGCGGGAAUCAGAUUGGUGCCAAGUUCUGGGAGGUGAUCAGUGACGAACACGGCAUCGACCCAACAGGAACCUAUCAUGGAGACAGCGACCUGCAGCUGGACCGGAUCAGCGUUUACUACAACGAAGCAACAGGUGGGAAGUAUGUACCCAGAGCCAUCCUGGUCGACCUGGAACCAGGAACCAUGGACUCGGUCCGAUCAGGACCCUUUGGCCAAAUAUUCAGACCUGACAACUUUGUCUUUGGUCAGAGUGGAGCUGGGAACAACUGGGCCAAAGGUCACUACACGGAGGGCGCGGAGCUGGUGGACUCGGUCCUGGACGUGGUCCGGAAGGAGGCGGAGAGCUGCGAGUGCCUGCAGGGCUUCCAGCUCACACACUCCCUGGGAGGAGGCACCGGCUCCGGCAUGGGGACCCUGCUGAUCAGCAAGAUCAGGGAGGAAUACCCCGACCGCAUCAUGAACACGUUCAGUGUGGUUCCCUCCCCGAAGGUUUCUGACACGGUGGUGGAGCCGUACAACGCCACCCUGUCCGUCCACCAGCUGGUGGAGAACACAGACGAGACGUACUGCAUUGACAACGAAGCUCUGUACGACAUCUGCUUCCGCACGCUGAAGCUGACCACGCCCACCUACGGAGACCUCAACCACCUGGUGUCGGCCACCAUGAGCGGCGUCACCACCUGCCUGCGCUUCCCCGGCCAGCUCAACGCCGACCUCCGGAAGCUGGCCGUCAACAUGGUGCCCUUCCCCCGCCUGCACUUCUUCAUGCCGGGCUUCGCCCCGCUGACGAGCCGCGGCAGCCAGCAGUACCGCGCCCUCACCGUGCCCGAGCUCACCCAGCAGGUGUUCGACGCCAAGAACAUGAUGGCGGCGUGCGACCCGCGCCACGGCCGCUACCUGACGGUGGCCGCCGUCUUCCGCGGCCGCAUGUCCAUGAAGGAGGUGGACGAGCAGAUGUUGAACGUGCAGAACAAGAACAGCAGCUACUUCGUGGAGUGGAUCCCCAACAACGUGAAGACGGCCGUGUGCGACAUCCCGCCGCGCGGCCUCAAGAUGGCCGUCACCUUCAUCGGAAACAGCACGGCCAUCCAGGAGCUGUUCAAGCGCAUCUCGGAGCAGUUCACCGCCAUGUUCCGCCGCAAGGCCUUCCUGCACUGGUACACGGGCGAGGGAAUGGACGAGAUGGAGUUCACCGAGGCCGAGAGCAACAUGAACGACCUGGUGUCCGAGUACCAGCAGUACCAGGACGCCACGGCCGAGGAGGAGGGCGAGUUCGAGGAGGAGGCCGAGGAGGACGCCUGACGGAAAAACACAGGGAGGAGUGAAAGGAAAGGUUGAUGAAGGAAGAUGUGUUUAAAAAAAUGAAAGGUUUUAGCAGGUCAGAGGAGGUCAGAGGUCAACGGAAGAGGAUUAGGGCCGCUGGGGAAAACGGAGCAGGAUUUUAAUCUCUUAUGUUUUAUUCUCAGAAAUCAAAUUUAUUUGUAUAACACAUUUCAGCAAAAGGACAGUUGAAGAAAUCUGAGUUUUUCCACAGAAAGAAUUAUCUUCUGAGUUCUUUGUUUCUCAGAAAUCUGACUUUAAUAUUUUGAAAUCAAGUCUUUUUUUUUUCAGUGGUCUUAAUCCUCGUUUGUAAAGGUCUGAAUUGGUAAUGGGCCAAAAUUAGGAGAAAUGUGCCAACUUGACCAUUUUCAUAUUUCCAAUCCAGUUUGUUUGUGUCACAGAAACUAAACAGUUUUAAACUAAAAUCUGAAACUCUCCAGUUUCAUCGUGCUACAUUCAGGAUGAAGAUAAAAUAAUAUCUGACAAAUUCAUCUGAUCUAAAGAGAGAAAAAACAUCUUUCUGCCUGAUAUCAUUAAUCAUGUUGCUACUUUGUCCAGCAAACAGUUUCAUCGCUCAGUCGUUUUUUUUUUUAAAGUUUGAAGGAUUUUCUCCACUUUUAAAAACUUGAACUGAAUCCCUGCAGGAGAAACGUUUCUCUUUCAGGAUUCAUUGACUUCAAAGCAAAACCAUAAAGGCUUGAUAAACUUAAAGGAUCUCUGUUAGACGUCCUUAUCUGCGGUUCUCAUUAUAUCGGGUCAAAAAGGUCUUCAGCCUUAAAAUGAGCCUCAGAGAUAAGAAGCGAAGCUCUUAUCAAUGUUCUGACAUUUUUAUCACGUCUGCAGAUCCGUGUUCAGCCGUUUGGGUUUAGAAGUUCAACAUGAUCAGAAUUCAGAGAGGAAGUCGUUCUUUUAUUGAUCAGAUUGUCGCAGUUGAUUCUGGUUUUGUGGAAGAUAAAAAGUUCUGUUAACAUCUGAACAUCAGAUACUGUUUUUAUUCUGAUUUUUUUUGUUACAGUUUACUCUGAGCCACUACAGUAUUAAUUUAGAUCAAGCUUAUUGUUCAUGUUCAGUAUUAAAAAUCCAACCAGGUUUAUUUCUGUCUUUUGGAUCUGAUUUGGGAUCUUUACUGUGAAAUAUUUGGGAGAAAUAAAAAUGCAUUUGUUGGGGAAAAAAA